AUGUCGCCGGACUCGCCCAUCGAUCCUUCCGAACUGGAUACUACCACAUCAAAGAAGACAGUCUCGAAAUCAUUGCCAAAUGGCAAUGCCACAUCUUCGACUCCUACGACUGCGACUGGCCCCGGCGGCACGCCUUUAAAACCCGGCGUUAAGCUUCCUGCCCGCGUCGACGUCGAGAAUAUAUACAUAUCACUUCGAGAAUCCCUAGGCGACGAUUGGGGAACUUACAGCGAUGCCGUUCGCUCCUUCUUUCGCGGUCUUACAAACCGCACUGAGCUAUCACGUAUUAUCGAUCCUCUCCUCCAAAAGCCCGAAACGCAGCGUCUCCACAAUCAAUUCUUCCUGUCGGUACACGUCAAUGCCAGCCGUGAACCCCCCGAAGGAGAUGUCGCAACAUGGGUGUCGCAUCAAGGCAAGACCUCGUCUGUUCCCAAAACGACCACAGGCGAUGCCUACGAACGGCGUCUCAAAAAGGAAAUCAUGGCGAUACCUGCUAGAGACCGACGACGAAUGAAAGAGAUACCGGAGGUUCCCGAUGACAUCCCUUCAACUCUAACUCGGCAUUAUACCGCCAAGCAAAUACGCAAUUUCGAUACCUCUGCACCACCCGUCUCAGCUGGCCCCAACAAAAACUGGCAAAACGAAGUCUCGAACGCAUAUCAGUCUUCAUUAGCCGUCGAAAGUGGGGAGUAUAUCGAUGUGGAAACAAUACAAGCGCGGUGCAUUCCAAUUUGUUACGAAGAAGGAAUAAGUAGCGGGGUGUCCGAGGAAACUGCCCGGUUUAUCGGUCUCGCUACGGAUUUCUUUGUAAAAGAUGUCUUAACGACACUUAUAGACAGAGUACGGCUUGACAGUCGGAAGGUGAUAAAAGAAGACGAUGCAGCAAUAAAAAGCCGGGCGAAGAUUGUGGAGAAGGUCGGAGGCACGAUUUCGAUGGAGCAUUUGAAACUAUCAGUGAGCCUUAGUGAUAACCUGAUACGGCAGAUGCCGUUGAGUGUGUACUCGAUCAUGUCAGGUGUGAAUCAGUAUGAUAGAGAGGAUGAUGAUGAGGAGAACACUGAUGGGAGGGCUGGGAAGAGAGUUAAGCUAGAUAGUGGGACUUCCGACCAUAUGGAUAUUGACGGAGGGGUGCCGGAUACUGCCAUUAAAUGGGAGAACCCCGCGAGCAGAUUUAUCAUGGAAUGUUUGUCGGGUCACUGA